AUCCGUCUCCUCUACAAAGUUUUCUCCAGCUGAUCGGACGAAGCUUUUCGUUUCCUUCUCUCUCUGCAAAAAACCAUGGCUUCUUCUCCUUUCAUUCUCCCGAGCCUUCAAAGUGCUCCUUCCCUUCAGAAAUCUACUUUCCUUGGAAACCCAACACCAGUCCGUCUCUUCUUCAAAAGCCCACAUAAGCCCACUGCCUCUCUCCCUCUCAAACCAUCAGCAAAAUUCAAUCUCUUUGAGCUCUUGGGUGGCAGAGGCCUCUGUAGUGGAGAAGAAGGCCUUGAACAAGAACUCAAGAAAACUGUCGAUAGUCCACCCACUUCUUCUACUGAACAGGAAAAACCAGGCACGCUGCCUUCUUCGAAUCUCUCGCCUUUGGAUGUCGAUGAGGACGCUUUUGAGAAGGAGCUCUUAGGUCUCACUGGAGGUUUCCCUGGUGGAGAGAAAGGACUGAACAGAUUCAUCGAGGAAAACCCCCCUCCAAAAAAGAUCGACUCUAGUGGUGAAAUGGGUGUUGGGUUUUCGAGCUCGAAGCCCAAACCACCUGAAUUGCCUCUCUUGAUGCCAGGUAUGAUUGUUAUUGUGAAGAAUCCUGACAACCCAUUUCACAUGUAUUGUGGGAUUAUUCAGAGAAUCACGGAUGGGAAGGCUGGGGUGCUUUUCGAGGGCGGGAAUUGGGAUAAGCUCAUCACAUUUAGGCUCGAUGAGCUCGAACGGAGGGAGAAGGGCCCACCGAUGGUGAAUCCCAAGUCUGCUUCUCUUGAGACUCUGUUCGAAAAGUGAUUGAGAUCCCGUUCGAUCAGACAUCCAUAGCCGUCCAUGGGACUCAUAUUCCUUCUCAAAGAUGUAGUGAUUUUCCUUUGGAGAUAAUUGGAAUGGUGGCUGAUUCUAUGCAAGUAAUAAAUGUUUAAAUUGGAAGUACAAAUUUAUGCCUUUGGAAUGACAGUAAUGAAUGAAUGGAGAGUGAAUAAUUCAAUACCACAACGUGGAUGGAAAAUUCCAUCAAUCCUUACGUGGAUAUGCAUUUUGCCAAGUUUCAGACUGCCUAAGAAGCUCAGGAGUACUUAUUUGUGCCAUAUAUGCAGUCCAAUUCUACCAAAGAGUAUCAGUUGGAAAUUGAUGUUCUGACUACUCGAUAGGAGGAUCUUCACUUAAGGAGUUCUACUCCAUUAUGACCGGUUUUCGGGACCAGCUGGCCUUCAUGGAGCCCGAGUUCAUUGCUGACCGUGCUCUUACCUUAACAUUACAGAGAGCAACAAAAAUUUUACCCCUUUUUUUUUUCGUGGUUCUGUCCAAGGUUUGAGCAAAUAGGUACCUAUUCUUCACUAGGCCACACUUUGUCACUGGAAUGCUGAAGCUGAGUAUCAUGUUGUGGCUGGCAAUACUUUUGAGGCAGUCUUUCCAAUCUUGUAUUUUGCAAGUGAACCAAGCUUAUUGAGACUGAUUGUCAUUUUGUGUGUCAUCUCUAUCAAGAUGGCACUCUCUCCCCCCUAUACUAACUCCAAGUCUCAUGUUGCUGAUUUCUUCAUUAAGUCCUUAUCAGUUAUCACGGUAUGUUUUCAAUUCUAAUUAGCAAAAUCUCGACGAUACCCAUCAUGCCGUGGGGCGGGGGUGUUACAUGUUGUCCAUAGGGUAAUUUAGUCGUUUCUUGUAUUUAAGGUAGUUUGGUCACUGUAAUUAUUGUGUUUUGUAUAUACACCUUUUUCUCUCUUCAAUGAAGCUAGAGUCUUGAUUAUUCUCUCAACUCAUAUUUGUAGAAAA